AUGCCCAGCACGGACGGCGGUUUUAUGCAACACCCCCAGAAUGCGAUUAUCAUCGACAACGGCGUCAACUGCGUUGCUUGCCGUUCUUACCACCCCGUUGGCAGUUGCCCACUGAAGCUUGCGGGCGUGGAAACGUGCAAUCUGUGCGGGAUGGCGCAUUUCGGGAGCGCGAGGGUGUGUCCACAUAUCCAGAGCGAAACACAGGUCCGCCAAAUGCUCGAAGCCCUCAAACACUCCAACGAACCCGAACAUAUAAUCUAUGCUGCAAAGAAGUAUCUGAAGGGCUUGAAGGGGAGUCUGGUGCAGAUCAAGAAGCAGAAGGAGGCGAGGAGUUUUGCUGCGAGGGAGGUUCAGAUGGGGGCGCAGUAUCAGCGGGCGAGGGGGCCGCUGUUGGGGGGAGUUGGUUGGGAUUGA